AUGAAGCUCCAUCGUGCCUUGGCUGGCGUCUUCACCAUCGCCUCUGCUGUCGGAUUUCCAUCCGUCAACGCCCUGCGCGACGUCAUGUACUUGGACCAGUGGCACUCGAGCUUCCUCGAAACGCCGGGUAUAUUCACGAAGGAGGACUUUCGGGGGAUCACCCAUGUGAUCCUGGCGUUCAUGGAUCCAGCCAACUUCACCCAAGACGCCACGGCUAUUCAGCCUUGCAUCAAGGCCUCGGAACUUCGCCCCCACUUCGAUAAUGACACCCAGAUCGGAGUCUCGCUUGGUGGUUGGGGUGAUUACUCGACCAGUUUCAGUCAGGUGUCGACCGAAGGCACCCGAGCAGCCUUUGCUACCCAUCUUUCGAAUUGGCUGGCUAUGGAAGACCUCGACUUCGUCGAUAUCGAUUGGGAAUACCCAGGUGGAAAUGGCGCCGAUUAUCUGGUGACCCCGAAUGACAAGAAGACCAAAGAGAUCACUGACUUCCCGCUCUUCCUCCAAGCCAUCAAGAAGCAGAUCGGCACCAAGAGCCUCAGUAUUGCCGUGGGCGGCACUGCUACUGGCAUGCUCGCGUUCCCGAACAAGGCCCAGUCCAAAGCGGUCUGGGACAUUGUCGACUUUGUGAACAUCAUGGCGUAUGACUUCGUCAACCGACGCUCCAACGCAACUGCGUACCACACGGACGUCAACACUACGAUGAGCGCAGUGCAGAGCUGGAUGGCCCUUGGUCUUCCUCCCCAGAAGGUCAAUCUCGGCUUUGGCUUCUACGCCAAGUACUUCGAGCUGGGCAUCUCAGCUGGUCCCUGCCCGCUUCCGUGGAUCGGCUGUCUUAUUGCCGAGAGCGAAGACCCGGUUACUGGCGCGGACAACUUCAACAGCGGCAUCCUGACUUUCGAGCAGAGCGUCCUCUCCCCCAACCGGACCCUUUACCACGGUCUCACCCCCGACGGUUCCUGCGGUGUCCUGAACGGCGCUACUACAGGCUUCUCGUGUAAUCCCGGCACCUGCUGCGGUGCGAGCGGCUGGUGUGGCAGUUCAGCCGAGCACUGUAGGGCUGGCUGCCAGACGGCUUGGGGAGGUUGCCAGGGCCCCGACACGGUAGCUUCUCUGCAGAAUGCACUCAAAUACGGCCAGACUGACUGGAGCAUCGGCGGCCAGUCCUACUUGGAUACUACCACAACUCCAAAUCUGUUCUGGACCUUCGAGACGGUGGAACUGAUGCAGCAGAAGUACGACAGAAUCGUCGCGGGGCUGGGGCUGGGCGGUGUCAUGGGAUGGUCGUUGGGCGAGGAUAGCUAUGAUUGGGCUUUUGUCAAGGCGAUGCAGAACAUGACUGUUACCUGGGCUCAGAGGGAUUGGAACAUGACCGUCUCCGCUAAGAGAUAUCACGCUUAA